ACAACACUCGCAGCGAACACAUUACAGCUUCGGACUCUUCGAUCAAACGUUCUUUAUAUUUCUCAGCUGUAAGCUUCAAGAGCAAGAAUGGCCCCAAUUCAGAAGCACAUUUCAUCUUUUACCGAAGAGAAUUCAGAAAGAGCGACCAGCAAGGCCUUCACAGCCAGCAGUUGCUUUAACACAACCAGAACAAGCACUUCAAGCAACAGCAUAACGGACAGUGCUAUCGCCUCUAAUCGUAUCAGUCCAAGAAAUCACAUCACCCACAUCGACAGAGAGAGAGAGCGAGAGGUCGCACUGCCUAUCACCUCACGAGGUCACUUCUAUCAUGACUCCUUCUUCAAAGAUCUCCGUGAACAUUUCGAUAAUGCCGUAAAGGACACAUUGGACCUGUGGAAUUCUAGGUCAUCUUUUGAGGAUGACCUGCUUUCCUACAGACAAAUGCGAGAUCUCAACCUCACGGAAGAGACUCAGGCUCUUUCUGUUAAACAGGACGACAGCUCUCAUCAGGUCGUGAUUGACGUGUGCGACUUCAUGGAUGGCGACAUUAAGGUUAAGGUGGUGGACGACAGCGAACUGGUGAUAGAAGGCAGCGUCGAGAAGCGACAGGAUGGCGCCGUCUCGAAGAACACUUUCUGUCGACGAUUCUCAUUCCCGGGUCUCUUGAGCGAAGACACUGUGUCCUCGUCCAUGUCGGCAGAUGGAGUUCUUACCGUCACUGUUCCAAAGAAGAGUUCCUUGACAAACAAGGAUGGCCAAACUAUCAAAAUCACUACCUCGCAUAAAAAGUCUGCAGAUGCUACAAAUACACACAAGAAUAUCACAAACAACGUCGAAGCGAAAGAAGUUAGUGUCGAAGGAAAAACAUCAAAAUCGUCUCGAGUGAACGUGCAACAAGAUCAGGCUCAGUCGACGGAGUCUCAGAACACGCAGACUUCGAGCGACUCGACGGAAGCCAAGCCACUUGCUCCCUUCCACCUUCUUCCCAUUUCCGAAAGAGGGCCUUUCUUCUGCGAUUCCUUCUUCCAGGACACUCGACAGCAAUUCCAAGAAGCCAUCGACCAAGUUCUCAAAGAGUGGGGACAACUGGACUCUGCGAGCGACCACAUGAACAUGUACAGGAACUUGCGAAAGCAUAACUUGCAGGAAGAGAACCAAGCCGUCGCCUUCAGCGAGGACCACCAGUGUUAUAAGAUUGUGGUGGAUGCACAUGACUUCAAGGAAGGCGACGUCAAGGUCAAGGUGGUGGACGAGAAUGAGCUAACAAUCGAAGGCAAUUUGGAGAUCAAGCGAGACGAUUCCGUGUCCAGCAAGAGUUUCUUCCGCCGUUUCUGCUUCCCAGGACUCGUGAGUGCCGACACCGUGACGUCCGGGAUGUCAUCUGACGGCAUCCUCACUGUUAGUGUACCAAAGACUUCAUCUAAAAAAACAGAAGAAAAAGAAACUCUCACAAAGGAAUCAAAAUCAGAACAGCAAAAGCUUCGUUCCAAAUUUCUAAAUACAUGUGCCAAGCGGACUGAAGCGACAUCAUCACUUGCGAACAAAAUUAUCAGUGAGGAAAAACAAGGAAAAGGCGCCCAUAGUAAAGACACAGUGGACGACCAGGGCCUUCCCAUCUCCUCGAAGGGUCAAUUCUUUUCUGAUUCCUUCUUCGAAGACGUUCGUAAGGACUUCGAAACGGCUGUCAAUGAAGUCCUCAGCAGGCAUGACAUUAUGAGGAGUGCCAACGACGAUCUCUCCUGCUACCGAAGUCUACGGGAACAUGAGCUCAAUGAUGAGACUCAGGCAAUGAAGACCACGGAAGAUCAACACGGAUAUAAGGUGGUGUUGGACGUCCACGACUUCAUGGACAGAGACAUCAAAGUGAAGGUGGUGGACAACAAGGAGGUGGUGGUGGAAGGUCGUGCAGAGAAGAAUGACGGAGCCUUGAGGUCAAGCAAGAGCUUCUGUCGACGUUUCACUUUUCCUGGCGCAGUAGACAUGAAUGCUGUCACUUCAGCAAUGUCCUCUGACGGUGUCCUCACCAUCAGUGCACCUAAGGCUGAAACAUUAGGUCGCUGAAGUUUCAACCAAUUCUUCAUAAUGCCAAGACUAUGAGCUGUUACAGACGUUAUUAAUGUAAUUAUUUGUGUGUUGACGAUAUUUAUAUACAAGCCUUGCUACAAUAUAUAUUUUUUUCUGAAUCUAUUUUCAUAUGAAAUAAAAUGUACUU